GCCGUCGCGCAGCCACCGCGCGCACAUGUGACCGGACUCUACUUCUAUAGUGUCUUAAUUCAUUACUUAAAAAAUAUUUUUACAAGUUUCUACCAGAUCGUCUCGUGAGAAUCUAAUUGGAAAUUUGUAGUAUUUGACGGUGCUAUAUUACUGUGAAGCUAUUUUAGUCGGCGAUGAGUCGAAAGGAUUUCCUGAGUCACGGGGCUAGUUUCAACAAAAAAUACGGCAAGUCGGUGAACGCGAAGGACGCGCUCGAAGAUAAGAAGGAUGACAGCGAGCUGUGGGAGGCGCAGGCCGCCUUCCUCGGCCCCAACCUCUGGGACAAGACGCUGCCCUACGACCCAGAUCUCAAGGUACAAGAAUACGUGGACCUAGACGAGUUCCUGUCGGAGAAUGGCAUGCCGGGCGAGGGCCUGGGCGGCGCGCACCUGGGCGGUGCAGCCUUCGGCGCGGGCGGUGGCCUGGCGCUGGGGCUGCAGACGCCCGUCACCAAGCGCGAGCGCUCGCCCUCGCCCUCCGACUGCAUGAGCCCCGACACCAUCAACCCGCCGCUCUCGCCCGCCGAUUCCACGUUCUCCAUGGCGUCGUCGGGGCGCGACUUCGACCCCCGGACGAGAGCCUUCUCCGACGAGGAGCUGAAGCCGCAGCCGAUGAUCAAGAAGUCCCGGAAACAGGUAAAUGAAUUCGUGCCGGAUGACCUGAAGGACGACAAGUACUGGGCGCGCCGGCGGAAGAACAACAUGGCCGCCAAGCGCUCGCGCGACGCGCGCCGCAUGAAGGAGAACCAGAUCGCCCUCCGCGCCGGCUACCUCGAGAAAGAGAACAUGGGGCUGCGGCAAGAGGUGGAGCUGCUGAAGAAGGAGAACCACAUCCUGCGGGAGAAGCUGUCCAAGUUCGCGGACGUGUAGGCGCCGCCUCCGCUCCAAUGUACGCCUCGCCGCUCCGCUCUCGCGCCCGACUCCGCCCCGGCGUAUACGCAGCGAUGACAGGGGUCGCUCUCCGAGGGCGAAAUCUCUGAAACUAUUGAACCGAUUAUGAAAACUCUUUCAAUAGUAGAAAGCUAUGUUGUUCUUGAGCGACAUAGGCUACGUUUUAUUUUCAAAAAAUUAGAGGUCCCUACGAAAAUUGUAAUAAUUUACCCUGUGAAGCCGGGGUGGGUCGCUAGUUACUAAAUGAAUGAAGCUCUAUAAAAUCUUUGCCUGCCUCAGGCCUCAGCCUGGUGGCUGGCUAGUUUGGCUGCGGCUCGCGGGGUCUCGGGUUCGAGUCCCGGUUCGGACAAAAAGUCAUUGUAAUUUUCUGUCAAGAAAUUCUCAGGAGAUACCCGCAUUUCCAAUUUCAUUUAUAAUUUGUAAGGUCGUAGGGCCCGCAAGCAGAUCUCUCUCCGGCUGUGUCGGAUGGCCGUCCCUGUGUGGUGACGUAGCUGACGUGCUCUCGUUUGCUCGUUCGCAGAUCGCGCGCCGCGCAGCGUCCGUCGCGUCGGGCUCCGCUCCGCUCCGCCAUCUAUUUGUAACGCUUGUCAAAUGUUCGGUUCGAAUGUACUCUACUGACUAAUCUUAUCGCUAACGUAUCGCGAACCCCCGCCCCCCGCCCCCCUCCCCCGCGAUCACCGCCGCUCGUUACGAUAGGAGUGAUCGAUGCGCAGUUACCGUAAGUUAUGUUUAGUUUAAUAGUGAAUCUUUACCAAAGUCCCGCUCGAACUCUGAUCUAUCGUCGUCUCUAAUUCCUCCUUCGGACUCGGUUCGACACUCUACAGGGUUAGUCAACGACGUACGGACCAAAUUUUACGAAGUCGUUAUUUUUAAAGAACGUUUGUCGCGUCCCCGUCCCGAGCGAGCGCGGUCCGGCCCGCGCGGGCCGGCCGGGCCGACCCGCGCGGGUCGGCCCGGCCGGCCCGCGCGCGCCCGGGCCGGCCGGCGAGCGCGGCUCGUUAGUUAGUUGUUGAAUAUUUAUACGUUACCGGCACAGGUCGCAUUGCUCAAGCUCGCGCACGCCGCGCGCCCGCCGCCGGCGCGAGGGCCGCGGGGCGCCGCCCGCUCCCCGCAACCCCCGGCCCGCCCGCCCCGCGCGCCCUCCGUCCUCGCCGUAGUGGGCGAACACUAGUUUCGUUUCAAAUUGACUUAGUGAAUAGUUUAAGUAGUUCGUAGUUUCCGUAGAGUAGUCGUUAUUAGUCUAUUUUUGUUAUGGCCGUAGUUGUUAACGUUUUUAAAGGUUUAUAUUUUUUUUAGUCGUAGAGAAAGUCGCGUCACCGCGUCGACCGGCAGGCCCGCGCCCGGAGCCGGGCCGGGCCGGACCGAGCCGGACCGGGCCGGGCCGGGCCGGGCCGCCCCGCGCAUUGUCUGCAUCGCUGGACGUCUCCUCCGUAUUCUCUUUGACUCGUGCUAAUGUUAUUAUAAUAUAUUUUUGUAGGGUUUUGUCGUUGAUAAAUGAGUCAAUUGAAUGUUUAUUGAAUUGAAGUAAAUUAAUGUUAAUGACUAAGACUAAGAAGUUGUUGCAUUUUAAAGUAUUUUAUGAAUACAAAGCGAGAACAAUAAAAUGUUUUUUCUAUAAAGGUUUACAUGUGAAGGAUACUGUAAAGGUGUGACGUUGGACUUUUAAAAUGCACUGUUUCAUAUCAAAUGAUAUUACUUAUAUUACGUGAUGAACCUAAUGUUAAUCGGCAUUUGAUAUUCCAUCUUGUUUGUUAAAUGGUAUACAUUAAAUUAUGCAAAAUAUCAUGUAUAUGGUACUUAUACAGUUUACAUAACGAUUGUUUCUGCAGACAUUGUAAUCAAUGGGUAUAUAAAUGUGUAGUAGGCCGUAAGUGACGGAGCAGUCGCCUCCUUAUUUAUUGUAUCCGGAGUGCGUCCGAGCGUCCGUGCGUCCGUGCGUCGGACGCGCUCCGCCUCGAGGGGUAUGUUAUGUAUUGCGACAACAUAAAACCAUAUGAUGUACGAGUAGUAUUUAAAAAGAGUUUAAUUUAUAUGGUUCUAUGGAUUGAAAUAAACGUUAAUUGUUGUA